UCAGAGGAGAAGGAUCAUGGGAAAGCCAUCUUCGUAACUUCUGCACUCUCAGUCAGAGUUUUUAUCAUGACUCACACGGUCUCUGCUCUGUGUUUGAACCUGCUCCUGUUUCUCCAUGUUGUUGCUCACUUGAGGAAUAAUGCACAGCAGCAGUGGCCCGUUCCCUACAGGCGGUUUGACAGUCGUCCUGCUGCAGACUCUUACUGUGAAGCUCUCUACCCGUUCUGUCCCACUGGAGACAGUGAUGGACGGAUCCCCUACAUGAGAGACAGCGAUGUCAUCUCAGUUUACCGUCUGCAAACUCCUGUGUGGGAAUUCAAGUAUGGAGAUUUACUGGGGAAAUUGCAUAUCAUGCAUGAUGCCAUUGGGUUCAGCAGUUCAGAAACAGGGGCUAACUACACCAUGGAGUGGUACGAGCUGUUUCAGCUGGGGAACUGCACCUUCCCUCACAUCCGGCCUGAAAAGUACGCGCCUUUCUGGUGCAACCAGGGAGCCGCCUGCUUCUUUGAAGGCAUCGAUGACUUACACUGGUCCCAAAAUGGCACCUUGGAGAAAUUAGGAGAGCUCACAGGAAACCAGUUCAACGACAUGGCCCAGUGGGUGCAGGAUGACAACAAGACAGGGAUCUACUAUGAGACGUGGACAGUCCGCUCUGACCCCAGCCCUAACGCCACCGUGUGGUUUGAGUCCUAUGACUGCUCGCAGUUUAUCCACCGCACAUACAGGAAACUCCUGGAGCUGGGAGCCAAACUAAGAAGCAGAUCACAAACCAACUACACCAAGAUCUACCUGUACAGCGGGGAGCCCACCUACCUGGGCAAUGACAGCACCAUUUUUGGUCAGCCCGCUCUGAAGAACCUGGCAGUGGACAUCCGUACAUUUUACCACACAUUCAGACCCCAUCAGACGUUUGUAGACUUUGCCGUCAGUCUGUUGGAGGCGUAUGAGAAGGUCGUGAUAGAAAAGAGCUUCUACCUCUACUACAACUUUGAGUACUGGCAUCUACCCAUGAAGCCUCCUUAUAUACAGAUCACUUAUGAAGAGGUGCCUUUGCCUUAAUAUACAACUUUUACUAUUGUUUUCAUUACAGGUUGCAAAUGAUAUUGUUUGUUUAUCGAUGGUUAAUCUGUUUGUUCAAAAGCCAAAGCUAUUAAUGGAAAUCUGAAAAGCUGCAAAUCUUCAAGUUGAAUAAUUCUAAACCAGCGUUUACGUUUUUGCUUGAUUUUUGACAAUUAUUUGAUUAUUUAGAGGUGAUGAGAUUUAAAUAAUCGUAAGGUGUGUUAAUGCAUUUCCUUCCUCGUCAAACAUUUGAAGCACGAUUGUUUUUUUAACUGUUUUUGAUUGUUUACAUCGAUUUUGUUACCCCUUCCUCCAUGCCUUUGUUGGUGCUCUGCUGUAAUAAUGAAGUACUAGAUAGAAAAAACAUGUCCAUUUAUAUCUAGAACCAUGACAUCAAACUCGAUCUUCCGAUGAAGGUCAUGCCAUAUGAUCAAAAGCUCCAGGACAGUUAUUAAAUAUAAUAUAAUGAUGAACCAAAUGUAAUGAUAAAUACAGAAACACAGUACUGGUGAUUUUGUGUAGCGCAUUAUAUUUUACCUGCAUUUUCACAGAUUUCUAAAAGUAAUCGUGUCACAGUACAUGUUACCACAUCAGGUCCAGCCUUAUGUUGUUUUACAUUCAGAUUUGUACAUAUUAAUUAAAGAUAAAUGUAUAGAGUUUUAUUUUCAUUGUUCAUUUCUUUUCUUACUUUGUGUUGCCCUGUAUCUUGGAUGCUACUUGUGUGUGUGUUUUAUUUAACAGAUUGUAAAGCCUGCAGCGUUUGAAGAUAAUAAAUACAGAUACCAAAAAGUA